AUGUCGAAAAGAGGAGUUUCUAUGGAAGAGAAACGUUCAAGAUUAUUGAACUCUCUUUAUGAAAAAAAAGAAUGUUUUAAUUUAAAAGAAAUCGAGAAACUCGGGAAAAAAUGUGGAAUUAUUGAGCAAACAGUAAAAGAUGUACUACAAAGCCUUGUAGAUGACUCUUUGGUUGUUAGCGACAAAAUAGGAUCUCUUAAUAUUUUCUGGGCCCUUCCCAGUGCUGCAAAAUUCACCAAAGAAAAUAGAUUGGAGUAUCUUAAAAACUCUAUUCAAGAUUCAAAAGACCAAAUUAAGUCUCUUGAAAAAAUGAUCAAAGAAUCCAAAGAAACCGACUCCCCUGAACACCAACUAAGAGAAAAAAAAACUAAAGAAUUGGAUCAAAUCCUUCUAAAACAGAAAGAACUUGCCAGUAGACUGGAUAACAUUAACACAACCAUCAAAGACAAUCCAAAAAUUUUAAAUGAAAAUUUAGAAACUGCUAACCAACAAUUAUCUGUAUGGGAGGAUAACAUUUGCAGUCUUAGGCAAUGGAUUAAGAAAAAAAUGCCAGGAGUCUCCGAAAAGGAAAUAAACAAUAACUUCGGACUACCAGAUGAAGAAUAA